AUGGCCAGCCCCGCUGCCGGUCGAGAUGUCCCGAACGCUUCGCCGAGGGACGAGCCUGGGCCGAACCAUCCCGAACCGGCCUGUUUGGAGGCGCAGAAAUGGAUAGAGGCUGUUACGGGGAAGAGCUUUGGAGACAAGGACUUCCGCAGCGGAUUGGAGAACGGCAUCCUGUUAUGCGAGCUGCUGAGUGCAAUCAAACCGGGGCUGGUCAAGAAGAUCAACAGACUGCCCACCCCCAUCGCUGGGCUGGAUAACCUGUCAGUCUUCCUGCGGGGUUGCGAGGAGUUUGGCCUGAAGGGCUCCCAGCUUUUUGACCCCGGGGACUUGCAAGACACUUCCACCCGAGCCAACCUCAAGGACUGCAACCGCAAAAUAAAAAGCGUGCUGAACACUGUGUUCUGGCUCGGGAAGGCUGCCGGCGGCUGCGCCUCCUACAGUGGCCCUACUCUCAACCUCAAGGAGUUUGAAGGGCUUCUUGCUCAAAUGAAGGUGGAGAGUGAGGAAGGAGGCGACAGCUCACAGAAGCGCAGCGUUAGGGACAGCGGCUACGACUGCUGGGACUCCGAGAGGAGUGAUUCUCUGUCUCCACCACGACACACUCGCGACGACUCCCUAGACAGUCUGGACUCCUUUGGCUCUCGCUCACAGCACAGCCCUUCUCCUGAUGUGGCGAAUCGUGAUGGGCGAGGCAGCGACUCGGAGGCCGAUGCUCCCAGCAGGAGGCCAGAUGUGCGUAAGGAUGACAUGCUGGCCCGACGGACUGCCAGCAGUGAAUCAAGGGUCUCCAUUCCCUUCAAUCAGUUUCUUCCCAACCGAACCAAUGGUAGCGCCUACAUCCCGACUCCACGGCGAAAACCACAUACGGAGGAAGGAGAGCAGCGCAGGAGCGUGAGCAUGAGUGACAUUCUUAACGAGGAGGAGGUGGAACACUUGCCACCACUGAGCCAAUCACGAUAUGAGCGAAUGCACGAACAGUACAACAACUUUGAGGAAGAUGACGACCACUGGCAAAACGACUUGGCUCGUUGGAAGAAUCGUCGUCGCAGCACGUCACAGGAACUGAUCAAGAAAGAGGAGGAGAGGAAGAGGAUGGAGAAAAGGAUGAAGGAGGAGGGAAGUGACAGCAACAAGAGGAAAAGCAUAAAGACCUACAAAGAGAUCGUGGAGGAAAAGGAGCGCAGAGAGGCAGAGUUGUGUGACGCCUACAGGAAUGCUGCAACUCCGGAGGAGGCCGCCAUGGUUUUACAGCGCUACGCUCUUCGCUUCACCAUCAGUGACGCAACACUGGACAGUCUCAAACUGCCCAGAUCCACUGUCCAGGCGUACAAGGAGCACAAAAAGACAUCACCUACCAAUGAAGCAUCACAACCUCCGCACAAGCCGGAACCACCUGCUAUAAAAGGCUGGAGGCACGCAGAACCGGAAGAGAUGGAGACAAAUACAACUGCUCAACAAGAGACGUCAGUUUUAGUCUCCUCCAGCUCCCCAACAGCUGGCAGCCUCCUCGGCCCGGUCACAAACUCAGAAAAUGUGGCACCUCCGUCACUAAAACUGAAGGAACCUCGAUCCAAACCGACUCCAACCACACCACACACACAACCGAUUGCAAGAGACGCAAAGCCUCAAACCAAACACAGUGAGGCUGCACAUGUGCCUCACACCACACGGCCUGGACACGCACUCCCCUCACCUCCAUCUGUAUCCACCAGACCCGUCCCCCUGCUGGCAGCCAAGCCCUACUGCCAGCCCAGGAGCACACAGUCCGGACACAAACCCGUCAAGAUGGACGGGUUGGUGCGACUGAGCGGAGAAGUGACGGUGGAUUUAUCGGUUUCCACUCCACCUACUUCCGCUCGUCACUCACCCCCGGAAGUCAAAGACAAUCCGUCAAAGAGGAUGGAGAAAGGCGUUCCCUCAGGGCAGACAGUGAAGGACGUUCCCUCAGAGAAGACAGUGAAGGACGUUCCCUCAGGGAAGACAGUGAAGGACGUUCCCUCAGAGAAGACAGUGAAGGAAGUUCCCUCAGGGAAGACAGUGAAGGACGUUCCCUCAGGGAAGACAGUGAAGGACGUUCCCUCAGGGAAGACAGUGAAGGACGUUCCCUCAGGGAAGACAGUGAAGGACGUUCCCUCAGAGAAGACAGUGAAGGAUGUUCCCUCAGAGAAGACAGUGAAAGAUGUUCCCUCAGAGAAGACACAGAAAGACGUUCCCUCAGAGCAGACAGUGAAGGAAGUUCCCUCAGAGAAGGAUACAGUGAAGGACGUUCCCUCAGAGAAGGCAGCGAAGGACGUUCCCUCACAGAAGACAGUGAAGGACGUUCCCUCAGGGAAGACAGUGAAGGACGUUCCCUCAGAGAAGGAUGUUCCCUCAGAUAAGACAGUGAAGGACGUUCCCUCAGAGAAGACAGUGAAGGACGUUCCCUCAGAGAAGGCAGCGAAGGACGUUCCCUCACAAAAGACAGUGAAGGACGUUCCCUCAGGGAAGACAGUGAAGGACGUUCCCUCACAGAAGACAGUGAAGGACGUUCCCUCAGAGAAGACAGUGACGGACGUUCCCUCACAGAAGACACAGAAGGAAGUUCCCUCACAGAAGACACAGAAGGAUGUUCCAUUAGAGCAAACAGAGAAAGACGUUCCCCCUGACCAGAUUUCGGCCUACCAGGAGAAGGUGGAACAGACGCCGCCUCCACAGACAGAAAGGUCGACCUCGUCUUUAGGCUCUGCCAUCAGCUCCCUGAUUGGAGGCCGAAACUGUACCAUCACGACAACUAUUGUGACAGAGCUCACACAUGUGGAGCCACAUCAGCCGGACAUCCAAAGCAAUGGACAGAUUGAGACCCCCAUGUUGAACUUGGCUAAACGUGUUAAUCACUGGGUCUGGGACCCCAAUGAGGAACGUAAACGCCUGGAAAGUUGGCAACAGGAGCAGGAGCGCCUCCUACAGGAGCAAUACCAGAGAGAACAGGAGAAGCUGAAGAAGGAGUGGGAGAAAGCACAACUAGAAGUGAAGGAGGAGGAGAGAAAACACAAUGAAGAGGAGAGAAGGAUCCUAGAGGAGACGGUAACACCCUUAAAUUCAACGGGUUUCUUAAACCAGCAGUUGGGCCAGACGGGGACGACUUCGUCGGCGCCAGAAAACAACCAGACAGAGCGGGGAAACGUUGCUCUGCAGCAAAACGGCCAAAGCACCUCCACAGGGAACGAGGAUCAGCAUUCGUCCAAGCUGCAUUUUCUCCAGGAUUCUGCAUGUGAUGGUGAACCUUUAAAGAAACAAGAGCUGUGGAAGACGGCCUCUCUGGACCGCAACCCUCAGCUGAACCAGGCACAUAUUACUAAAAGGUCUGAAUCACAUGACGUUGUAACAGACAAACAGCAGCCGUCUGCUUCGUCACCUCAGCCUCCCUCACCCAGCAGAUGCGUUAGUGGGAAGAGACUGUGUUCUGGUUGUUCUCAACCACUGGAAAAAGGAGCCGCCAUGAUCAUUGAUACACUGGGACUGUUUUUCCACAUCCAGUGUUUCAAGUGUGGAGCGUGCAAAGGGCAGCUGGGUGACGCCACUGCUGGGACUGAUGUACGCAUUCGUAAUGGUCUGCUGAGCUGUCAUGAGUGCUAUAUUGCAUCUCGGGGCCGAGGUCAGCCCACCACACUAUGAUGACCUGCAUUUGAACUGAACACCCCCCCC